AUGCUUGAUAUUGACACCGUCAUUAUCCCUUCGCAGUCUACACUAGAGUGUUUUGAAAGCGAUAUUCAGCUUACUUCCUUACGGCUGACGCGAUGUCUUUCCAUGGUUCUUGCAGUGAGUGAGGAUUCCUUCGAAUCAUCUUCGUCCGAAUCCGUAUCAAAGACUUUCUUUUUUCAUUUCCGACACCUGGGAACUCUUUUGAGGGCGACCCAGGACUUAAUAGACAAAAUUCAAUCUGCGAAUGAGCAGAAAUAUGAUCCUAGUAAUCAAAGCGAGCAUCGAGCUUUCUGUUCAUCGUAUUCGUUGAAUAAAGAAGAUAAUCCCGAGAUAUGCGCCAAUAAAGCAGAGCUUGGUAAAACAUAUUUUGACCUCCUAGAUGCUGCCGUGCGUGCAGAAAAGCUUUUGGAGGAGAAGUUAUCUUUAUCUGGACUUCCCCUUCCUGCGAGUUGUGUAGGGGAAGUUUCCUUCAUUCAUGAAGGAAUGAUAUCUGCAUUUACAAAUCCGAAAAGCAGCCAUCAUACUAAUAGUUAUUAUAUUGUAAACAAUCCCUGCAAGGUGCGUUGUUCUCUUGAGGAGUGCCCCUGCGAGCUGGUUUCCUCGACCCUCGAUGAGGUGAAUUCACCCACGAAUGGUUCUUGCUCGAAAAAAUCCGUCCAGGGCGGUUAUACAACACAAAUUUCAAAACACCCCACCGUCAAAAAGGAGAGUUCAAUCCCAAACGCAUCCGAAACGGAGGAAUCGUCUGAAGAGGCUGUCAUGCGGGAUAUUCGCGCGACGAUUAAGCAGGUGAAAAAUGGCGCCCUUCAGGUUCGUCAUUUGAUGAACGAAGAGGCUCACGUCCUUUCCACAAGUGAGGCCCUCCUCUCCGACGGGGUUGGUAAAUCGCGCAAAAAUCUCCUGGAUAUCAACAGGAUCAGUGAGGUCAAAGAAGCUUCCGAGGGGAAUAUGCUUCGCCUCAUCCGCCGUAUUCCGGGUGGAGCGAUUUUUUGGCAAACCAUGAUCAUGCCGUUAUGGGGUUUUAUACGGCAGAUAAUAUUAUUUUCGCUCAUCCUUUCGGUGGUCUUUAUGAUGAUGGUCUUAAUCAUAUCAGUGGGAAAGCCGCGUGUUUAUCGCGGGGUUCAUCGACAACCUUCAAUAUCUUCAUAUACAGCACCAAAAUCGUCAAUAAAGAAAGCGGUGAAUCCGUUGGAAAAGAAUUACACUAAAAUAGAUGGAAUGAUUGAGAAAUUAGGUGCUUCUCAUGAUCUUUAG